AUGGGUCAUCUUCCAAAACUUCCAGAGGGCACAGUUCUCCAGGUUGGAAAACACAAGGUUACUGUUGUCAAAUACCUUUCCGAAGGUGGGUUUGCCCAUAUUUACAAAGUUACAAUAGACCCAUUAGAGAACGAGUCCGACAUUGCAUGUUUGAAACGAGUGAUUGUGCCAGAUAAGAAUGGAUUGAAUGAGUUGCGCAAAGAAGUUGAUGUUAUGAAGACAUUGCGCCAUAGCAGAAACAUUGUAAAGUAUUAUGACUCACAUGCUGAACGAUUAGAAAAUGGCACCUAUCAGGUAUUGGUGUUGAUGGAAUUGUGCCCCAACGGUUCAUUACUAGACUAUAUGAAUAAACAUAUCAAAACAAAACUAACAGAGCCACAGAUCCUCAAAAUCAUGUUGGAUAUAUGUCAAGGGAUAUAUGAAAUGCAUAAAUUGAAAUUAGUGCACCGCGAUAUCAAAAUUGAAAAUGUAUUGAUCGACUCUAAGAAUCAGUUUCAGUUGUGUGAUUUCGGGUCCACAGCGAUUCCGACCAUGCCUCCACAAGACCAACAACAGUUUAAUUAUCUCAGCCAUGAUAUCCUUUACCACACCACCCCUCAGUACCGGUCUCCAGAAAUGGUGGAUUUAUACCGAGGAAUACCAAUAGACGAGAAAGCAGAUAUUUGGGCUUUAGGGUGUUUUCUCUACAAAUUGUGCUACUACACCACCCCAUUUGAAGCCAAUGGGGAUAUUGCUAUAUUACAUGCCUCGUUUCAGUUUCCGCCAUACCCCGAGUAUUCAGGAGACCUUAAGAAUUUAAUUAUCAUCAUGCUUCAAGAAAAUCCAUUAUUUCGUCCCAACAUCGUCCAAGUUUUGAUUUUGGUGUGUAAAUUGAUGAGUAUUGACUUUGCAAAACUAAAACUAAAAGAUUUUUACAAUGCUGGGCCUUACAAUUUCCAGGCAUUGCACGAAUAUCAAGUCCAUAAGCAGAAUGAGUUAUUGCGCCAAAAGCAAUUAUAUUAUCAACAACAUGCACUUGCAAACUCUGAAGCUGGACUCACCAAAGAGCCACCAGUGGCUGCUGGAGAUUCCCUUCCAGCAGAUGGAAAAGAGUUAGCCUCUACAGAAUCUCAACCUGAACACCAUGCCAAACCCGCAGCCACUCCUUCUAUAGACUCACAAUUAUCUCCAGAAAUCAAAUCAACCACGCUAGGUGUACCUUCAACCCUCACCUCCGGAUCAUCGCGCGAAUCAUUGGCAGGUUUCAGUCUGGAGGAUGACUUGGCAGAAAUAGAAGGCUUAGAAGAUGCCGAGCAAAGAUAUCCCUCGUUAGAAGAGAUUGAGGUCCCCAUACAAAAGAGCACGGAACCGCUGCGACUGACCAGUAUCAAGACAUCUCAUUCUGAUGCGGUCUCAACCAAGGGAAUUGAUGUACACGCAGUAGACGCGGAUCAGUUGCCCAAACCUAGUAAAGAAGCAGAAAAAUUGGCUGAUGUUAUUUUUUCUACCACCGAAAGUCCAGCAACGGAAAAAGGAGAUACCGAUGCUGACUUUUAUGAUUUGCUGCAACGAGUCGAGCACUUGCAUGUCGAUACAGACCCAGUUGGAAGUGCCAAGAACCCAUUUCCUUAUGCCAAGUCACUGGCUGCAGCUAAAGAGGACGGCAAUUAUGAGCAACCUGAAACACACAAAAAGAAUAAUCCUUGGGGCAAUUAUAACUCGACACUGGAUAAUUUUGCAUUUAGUCUACCACCGGCUUUGCCGGACAUAAAACAGGUACCAGUAUCAACCGAACCCGUUUUCCUUGAAAACCCUAAAUUAGCAAAACCUGAAUGUAACUUGAUAGAUUUGGAGGUUGGGUUGGAAUCCUCUAGUGCAUCACCAUCGCUCAGAUACCUGAAAUCCAAUAACAUCUCAGAAGUGUCUUUAAUUGAUAUGGAUGAUUCCCAAUUAAAAACAGGUGAAACCAAAGUUGCGGCAAAUUCAGCAUUUAAAAAAAGAGUUGGCUCUAGUACACACAAUCCAUCACAGUUUAGUUUACAGGAAGAGGUUAUUGACUUUGCUUCAGAUGAUGAAAACCCUGACAAUGGAUCACAUAUGAGCAGGCUCAAGAUUAGAAGCUCAUUAAAAAAGCCUAGCAAGGGCCGUAGGUCAGGAGAACAUAAGAGAACAGAAAGUAGUAGUACCGACUCUAAAAAGCGGCUAUCGUUUUUCGGUGGUAAUUAA